AUGGUUGUCGACCCCCGUAUCAGUGAUAAGGAUUUGGCCGCCAUCAACGCAGCGGCUGUGACGAGAGAAUACCGGGUGCAACCUCAUCUCGACUAUCGCACCGUUUCUGCUAUUAAUGGACCACUUGUUGUACUCGACAACGUCAAAUUUCCUUCUUACAAUGAAAUUGUACAACUUACACUACCAGAUGGAACGACGCGUGGUGGCCAGGUACUAGAAGUUCAGGGGAAGAAAGCCAUUGUCCAAGUCUUCGAAGGGACGUCCGGCGUUGACGUCAAGGCGACGCACGUCGAGUUCACCGGCAGCAGCAUGAAGCUUCCGGUUGCAGAGGAUAUGCUGGGUCGGAUAUUCAAUGGUUCAGGAAACCCCAUUGACCAGGGCCCGAAAGUGUUUGCAGAGGAUUACCUGGAUAUCAAUGGCUCUCCCAUAAAUCCCUAUUCUCGAAUCUAUCCUGAAGAAAUGAUUCAAACUGGUAUAUCCACCAUCGACACCAUGAACUCGAUUGCCCGUGGUCAGAAGAUUCCUAUUUUCUCAGCAGCUGGUCUGCCGCACAACGAGAUCGCCGCCCAAAUUGUGCGACAGUCUGGCUUGGUAAAGCGGCCUACGAAAGACGUGCACGACGGCCACGAAGACAAUUUCUCUGUCGUCUUUGCUGCUAUGGGUGUUAACAUGGAGACUGCUCGAUUCUUCAAGGAAGACUUUGAGUCAAACGGCAGUCUGGACAGAGUUACGCUAUUUUUGAACUUGGCGAAUGAUCCUACAAUCGAACGCAUCAUUACUCCCCGGCUGGCAUUGACAACUGCUGAAUAUUAUGCCUACCAACUCGAGAAGCACGUUCUAGUUAUUCUUACUGACAUGUCUUCGUAUGCAGACGCGCUACGAGAGGUAUCAGCUGCCCGUGAAGAAGUUCCGGGUCGUCGUGGGUAUCCCGGUUACAUGUAUACCGAUUUGUCGACCAUCUACGAACGGGCAGGCCGAGUGCAAGGGCGAAAUGGGUCAAUUACUCAGAUUCCCAUUCUCACUAUGCCCAACGAUGAUAUUACACAUCCGAUUCCCGAUUUGACGGGCUAUAUCACAGAGGGCCAGAUCUUUGUUGACCGCCAGCUCCAUAAUCGUCAGAUCUACCCCCCUAUUAAUGUGCUGCCUUCAUUGUCUCGCCUCAUGAAAAGUGCUAUUGGUGAGAAACUCACUAGGAAGGAUCAUGGUGAUGUGUCGAAUCAACUGUAUGCUAAAUACGCUAUCGGACGUGACGCUGCUGCCAUGAAGGCUGUUGUGGGAGAGGAGGCUCUAUCGUCCGAGGACAAACUCGCUCUGGAGUUUCUUGACAAAUUUGAGCAUCAGUUUGUUGGACAAGGAUCAUAUGAGUCGCGAACUAUCUUCGAGUCCCUUGAUUUGGCAUGGUCCCUUCUCCGCAUUUUCCCUAAGGAACAGCUCAAUCGGAUCAACCCCAAGAUCAUUGCAGAGUUUUACGGGCGCAAGCCGACGAAGAAAGCCACAGCCGCGGAGUCUGAGGAGGUCAAACCGGAAGAAAAGCUAAUAGAUGCGUAA